CGGAGAACGCUUGAGGAAAACCACGUAACUUUUAAAAUACAUCCGUUUCAGAGGAAGGGGAACUCCUCCCUAGCCGUGAAAUCCAGUCACAAGGAAAUCAAAUGGCGCGUUCUCUUCUGGGCACUUGGGCUGGCUACCUCUGUCCUGGGCCAUGAGACGGGAGCAUAGCCCACAGCCUCUCCAGCCCAGAGGUAACACUCCCCGGCAAGCUCCGCCCCGGCCCGCCUCGCCCCAAGACUCGCACAUGCGUACACGCACUAAGGAGAGCUCCGCGCGCUGCCCAAGCCCAGCUGCCACGCAGCCAGUCCUUCUGCCCUUCUUCGGGAAGCCGGCUUCACUCCUCAGUAAUACGCAUGUGUAAACCUGUGUGGCCCGGGAUCCUUUAGCAGACAGGGGAGGGGCAGUAGGCGGGACCUCGCUUCUUGCGCACGCUCGGGACAUGCGCAGUGCAGGCGCUGAGGCGCCAGCUGUCGAUUUGGAAGUUCCGGGGAGAGAGCGCAUGCGCGAGGGUACGCGUUGCCGGCGAAGAGGGGAGCCUGACGACUCGGAAAUUUGAAUACCACAGUAGCAUGGAGUGUGACCUCAUGGAGACUGACAUCUUGGAGUCGUUGGAAGACCUAGGUUACAAGGGCCCCUUGUUGGAUGAUGGCGCUCUGUCUCAGGCAGUCUCUGCUGGAGCCAGUUCCCCUGAGUUUACCAAACUCUGUGCUUGGCUGGUGUCUGAAUUACGAGUGCUCUGUAAACUGGAGGAAAAUGUACAAGCAACUAACAGUCCAAGUGAAGCUGAAGAAUUCCAGCUUGAGGUGAGUGGGCUACUUGGGGAGAUGAACUGCCCAUAUCUCUCACUGACAUCUGGGGAUGUGACCAAGCGCCUUCUCGUGCAGAAGAACUGCCUCCUUUUGCUCACAUACCUCAUCUCAGAACUAGAAGCUGCCAGAAUGCUCUGUGUGAAUGCUCCUCCAAAAAAAGCUCAAGAAGGAGGCGGUAGUGAGGUCUUUCAAGAGUUGAAAGGCAUAUGUAUUGCUCUAGGAAUGUCCAAACCUCCAGCCAAUAUAACUAUGUUCCAAUUCUUCAGCGGGAUUGAAAAAAAAUUAAAGGAAACAUUAGCAAAAGUUCCACCUAAUCACGUGGGAAAGCCUUUACUGAAGAAACCAAUGGGACCAGCCCACUGGGAAAAAAUAGAAGCAAUUAACCAAGCCAUAGCCAAUGAAUAUGAAGUCCGGAGAAAGCUGCUGAUAAAACGUUUGGAUGUCACUGUGCAGUCCUUUGGCUGGUCUGACAGAGCUAAGAGUCAGACAGAAAAACUAGCCAAGGUUUACCAGCCGAAACGUUCAGUCUUAUCGCCUAAAAGUACAAUUUCUGUUGCACAUCUUUUGGCUGCAAGACAAGAUUUGUCAAAGAUUUUAAGGACAAGCAGUGGCUCUAUUAGAGAAAAGACUGCCUGUGCCAUCAAUAAGGUGUUGAUGGGCAGGGUGCCAGACAGAGGAGGUAGACCCAAUGAAAUUGAGCCUCCACCCCCAGAGAUGCCACCGUGGCAGAAAAGGCAAGAUGGCCCCCAGCAGCAAGCAGGAGGCCGAGGAGGCGGGAGAGGUGGUUAUGAACAUUCUUCAUACGGAGGACGAGGAGGUCAUGAACAAGGAGGAGGGCGAGGUGGACGUGGUGGCUAUGACCACAGUGGUCGAGGGGGAGGAAGAGGAAAUAAGCAUCAAGGAGGCUGGACAGAUGGAGGGAGUGGAGGAGGAGGUAGCUACCAAGAUGGUAGUUAUCGAGAUUCAGGUUUCCAGCCGGGUGGCUAUCAUGGUGGCCACAGCGGUGGCUAUCAAGGUGGUGGUUAUGGUGGCUUCCAAACGUCUUCAUAUACAGGAAGUGGAUACCAGGGUGGUGGAUACCAACAGGACAAUAGGUACCAAGAUGGUGGGCACCAUGGUGAUCGAGGUGGUGGUCGUGGAGGGAGAGGUGGUCGUGGAGGGAGAGGUGGUCGUGGAGGCCAGGGAGGAGGUUGGGGAGGAAGGGGUAGUCAGACUUAUCACCAAGGGGGUCAGUUUGAGCAGCACUUCCAGCAUGGAGGUUAUCAGUAUAAUCAUUCUGGAUUUGGACAGGGAAGACAUUACACUAGUUGAGGCUACAGAACCUUACAUUUUGCUAGAGCUCAAGUAAUAGAAACUUAGUUUCAGAAUCCUGAAUCCAGCAUCUAUUUGGAAUUAAUGAAAGAUUAUAGGUGGCGGGCAGAUUCCUGCUUGGCAUGAGCAUUUGUGAGUCUUCGUUCUGUUUUGUUUUUAUGGUUUUUUUUUAAUAGACUUACCUAAUGCUAUUUGACAAACACGUAUGACAUCUCUCCUUUAAAAAAAAAAAAGAAUUUAAGAAGGUAAUUAAACCUGCCUUUGAUUGACCAGUAUACUAAUUUCAGAGUUAGAACUUGCAUACUUUUUUGAAGAAAUUACUUGAACAAGUAAUUUUCAUUACACAAUUUUGAAAAUGAGGAUUCACCUAGACUUUUUUCAAGCUUUACCACAAGGUUACCUUCCUCAUUAACAAUCCAUUUCUGUGUGUUUUAUGUAAAGUACUGUAAUGCUUGUUUCCCAAACACAGUUCUGCCCCUGAUUGGCUUUUUAUUCAGAAACGUUGUGCCACAUCUGCUUCACCAUAGAACUUUCAGUCCGUUCCUAUUAAAUGAGCUCUUCUCCAGAUAGCACAUUGAGUAGCCUUAUUCUGUUGGAAUACUGUACCAUAUGCUCAACUCUGAAAACCUUGAACACGGCCAAAAUUCAUAAAGAUUAUAAAAGCAAACCUAAGUUGUGAACCUAUAGUACAGGUAGGCAUUUAGUUGAGUAAAUCAAUUCAAACUGACCUGCAUCCAUCCAAAACAAGUCCCUCCUUCAACCUUAUUUGUACUUGAAAUCUGCUAGAAACAGCAAACCGAAAUUUGUUUUAUGCACGAGUUAAUACCACUGGCUCAGCAAAUACAAGUUAGUUUGCUCUAGGCAGGAGACUUUUUUUGUAAUGGAAGAAAUGCACUACGAAGUAAAACAUUUUUGCUUAGUGCAGGAGGCCCUUUAUUAUUGCUGCAGAAAACAAAAGCCUGGCUGAGUUGAUGUUUUACAUUCUCUCUUACUGACAUCUCCGUGACAUGAUGCUUCUUGCUGGGUUUUUGUGUACGUAAACAUUGUCAAGCUGUGAAAGAAAAUGGCUGGAGGUGUGCUGUGUGUGAAAGGUGAGCAAUAAAGUAUCUGUAAGUUC